AAUAUUUCUAACGAUCAAGUCGAGGCGCGUACGCCGAAAUUUCAAACAUGAAGAUUAUUUUCUAAACAAUGAAGGGAUUAACGUUUUGUUUUUGUAUACAUUUUAAUGGAUGGUUGUUCAGAAGGCAGAAAUAUUGUGUUUGUGAUUUGGAGGAUGUAAAAUAAUUCUAAAUAUGAGUGAAAGUAUAGAUGACUAUCGAGUGCUCAAUCUGCUUGGUAAAGGUGGAUUUGCCUGUGUAUACAGAGCAAGAGCAAUAAAGACAGGGCUCGAAGUUGCCAUUAAAAUGAUUGAUAAGAAGCUGAUGAAGGCAGCUGGCAUGGUGACUAGAGUAAAGAAAGAGGUUGAAAUUCAUUCCAGACUCAAGCAUCCGUCGAUCUUAGAGUUGUACAACUAUUUUGAAGACAACAACUAUGUGUACUUGAUACUGGAGAUGUGCCAAAACGGUGAAUUACAGAGAUAUCUCAAGUCCAGCUGUAGAGUACUCUCUGAAGAUGAAGCUCGCCACUUCAUGAAGCAGAUUCUGGAGGGUAUGCUGUAUCUCCACUCAUACGGAAUUCUACACAGAGAUCUUACACUCGCCAAUCUUCUACUCAGUAAAGAUAUGGAUGUGAAAAUUGCUGACUUUGGUUUAGCAACAAGACUGAAUGGUCCUGAAGAGAAACACUUCACCAUGUGUGGAACACCAAACUACAUUUCUCCAGAGGUAGCAAGUCGAUCUGCCCACGGAUUGGAAGCAGAUGUAUGGUCCCUUGGCUGUAUGUUCUACACAUUCCUGGUUGGUACACCACCUUUCGACACCGACACUGUAAGAACCACACUGAACCGUGUUAUUAAAGGUGACUUUGACUUACCAGACAACUUGUCACCGGAAGCUUUAGAUCUAAUUCAUCAACUUCUCCAGAAAAAUCCAACAAAAAGGAUUCCUUUAUAUGAUGUGAUGAAACAUCCAUUCAUGUUGAAGGAAAGCUCUACUGAUUACACAAAAGGACAUACAAAUCUCGCGGAAGUGUCCAUAGAUAGUGGUCAAGGAACCAUGUCAACAGGAAUCAUGUCUCGCAUGUUCGGUGCUCCAAAACAAAGGCCGAUGCCAGCAUUACAUCACAUAGGUUCUAAGAUUCCAGAAGAUAGGGAAAACAGUGUGGGAGACAGUGAUAGGUCAGCAGAUGGGUACUACUCUGGAAAUAUGGCUUCAAGAACAGAAGCGCCUGUCAUUAAAAAUCCAGCAAUGAGACACCCUCCAUCACCUCCUGUUAGGUUACGUGAUAGUAAAAUGGAACGAAACAGCCAGAAGUCCCAUAGCAGUCAUAGUGAUAAAAUCUUCCCAGAUAAGUUUGCAGAUAGAAACACUGAACAGAUGGGCAAUCUUGAUACUAGAAUGGUUACUACCCCAUCUAGUGAUAGAAAUGCACAGUUUGUUGACAGAACUCCAAAAAUGAAUCAUGUGUCAGAGUUCACAUAUAAAGGUGGUGAUACUGGUUAUUGUAGUGCCAGUAAACAAUCUAAUAUUAGUGAUAAUGAAAGUAGGUCACAUAACCAAAGAACGUUUGAUGUACCAAGGUUAAAUUUAGCACAAGCUCAGUUUGAUCCUACUAAAUACCAGGAAAGGGUACCGACUCCUAGUAAUUCCUCAGGAUGGUCUUGUAGUGCCUCUUUGCACAGUAAUGAUGCAAAGGUGCCAAGUCCACGUGAACAUACUGACACUAGCGCACAGGAUAUGUUACGAAAACAGGGAUCAACUUGUAUAAGUACAGUGUCAGAUGCUUCUUCAUACGACGGCAGUGAGUUUAGUUUACAAAAUACGAAAAAAGUGCUUAAUUUUGAAGGUGAUUCACAGCCUAAUAGUAUCAGUGAACAAUAUUAUCACAAUGACAGUAGGGAAUAUUAUUCAAACACACAGUCCAGAGAGAAUACAGAAUUCACUCAUAAACAGAUGUACGGUAGGAGUAACUCAGUCGAUGAGUUGGAGUUUGACCGACCAAGACAUAAAGUGAUGGAGGCUAGAAGUAAUUCAGUGGAUGAAUUAGACUUUGAUGAACCAAGAGAAAGGCCUCCUAAACCAGUCCCAUCAAAAACAAGUGGGCAUGAAAAUCUGAAUAAUUGUGCGAAUGGUUUGUCAAGUGGAUGCUUACCAAAGGAAGAUUGUGUUAAAUCAAAGCAGGUUUCAAGUAAAACAAACGAUUUGGGUUCACCAAUCAACUCGGCUCGAUUGCGCCCCAUCCGUCAACGAACGAGGAAUGCCAUUGUAAACAUCAUGGAGAACGGAGAGGUGUGUUUGGAGUUCGUAAAACAGAAACACAGAGAAGAAAAAGUUGUAGAAGUGUUUGUUAUCUCUCAAAAUGGCAUGCAGGUGAGCAUUUACCAACCUAACAAUGGCAAAGGAGUACCUGCAGAGGACCAGCCUAUUGCUUUACCGAAAGUCCCGUUGAAAUCAUUCGCUUUUAGUGAACUGCCAGAGAAAUACUGGAAAAAGUACCAAUAUGCUUCAAGGUUUGUCAAGUUAGUCCGCUCCAAGACCCCGAAGGUAACUCUGUACACGCAGCGCUGUAAGUGUAUGUUGAUGGAGAACGGUCCUGACGCUGACUUUGAAGCCGUAUUCUAUGAUGAUAAGCCAGACAAAAGUGUUAUCCCGAGAAAGGGGUGUGAUGACUCGGAUAUUAUUAGUUGGAGUGCAAAAUUUACGUCUAGCAGUCGUGGAAUGAGAAUCAUUGAGCGUACAGGGACGUCGCUUGUCCUGGAGUCUCCAGACAUGGAACAGAGGCUUACACAAGAAACCCAGAAACUCCUUGAAUAUGUCAAACAGUGUCGGCAGCAGUGUUUAGAGCUGGAGUCAGUGGUAACUGCAGUACAGGAGAGGUGUUCAUUACAAGAAGAACUGUUCCCAAUUAUCAUUGGCCGUCGACCCAAUUCUGGUAAUCUUAAUGACUCUGGCAAGUUCAGCACUGCAAGUAUAGGAACCGGAAGUGAUGAACACAAUACAAGUAACAAGUCUACAGAUAGCAACAGGCCUCCGACAAUGACCUCCUUUGAUGGUACUGUUGUCAGUACUGUAACUGACUGUGGAGAGAAGAUGAAGUCUGACAGUUGUCAUGACAACACAAUGAGGUCCCAGUCUACAGUGAUGGGAGCACAGGCCAAUACCUCACCCACUAGCAGUCAUGUACGCAAGCUGAACGCCAAGGAUGUGCUCCGACAAGUGAUGGUUCAUGAGAUAGGCUGGGCAUCACAGCAUGCUAAUGGAGAGAUCUGGGUGAAAUUUUUUGAUGGUACACAACUGGGAGUUAAAUCAACCACAACAACUAUCAAAUUCAUUGAUCAGCAUGGAAAACUUUGCAGGUUCCAGAAGACAGACGUUUUGCCUGAUGUUGUAAAAUCGAGGCUCGAAAAAGUUCCUUUGGUGCUAGAACAUUUGCUUCAAGACUCUCAACAACAACAGCAACAAAUGUUAGGGAAUCAUCAGACACCCAGAUGAAAAUUUACGUAGUUAUAGAAGCAUCAAUAGCCUUAUCUGUGAUAAAAAUAGACAUUCCUUCAGCAUUGUGUUGAAGUGUCUGAUUGGUCAGAAUGCUCCAAUUUCUAGACUUCUGUCAUUUUCUGCAGUGAUGAAUGGCACUUUAUAGUUCUAAAUAUAUUAGGUUAGAAGUUUAAAUUUUCUCCACAGGAAAACUUACUUUAGAUAGAUACUCAGCGGUAGAUAAAUGCAUACGUGAAUGAGAUAGAGGACACAGGACUAUAGUUUAUAUGGAGGUAGAGUUUCUCCUGCGUAUAAUGUACUUUACGUAGGAGUUUGAUUACUGUGUCUGACAAAGAGUGGGUGUACAAGAAAAGCAAAGAAGAUUUUUUGAGAAAAAUGGUGCUGUGUACAAGAAUUUGUAAGCAUGAUCAAGUUUGAUUAAUGUUGUUGGUUGAUUGUGCUGACAGUUUUGUGCUAGGUGUAGACAGGACUUUGUAAAUGUGUAAUAUCUGAUUAUUUAUUUAUUUAUAUUUAAUUACCAACAUGAGACGACUGUCCUUUUAGGCUUUAUAUUAGUAAGAAAAGAAAUUGUUUGUUGACCCCUUUUCUUAUUGAACUUCUUUCUCACUUUUUUGUGCCUUCCCUCUUGGAGGCUCUUUUCCUUCUUCUUUACUGCCAUGUUUCAGGAAUUACUUAAAACGUCCCCACCCCGCUCACAAAGUUUUUUUCUAAAAUACUAGCUAUUUGCAACAGUUUUGUCAUAGGUCUGUGUUAAACUGCCCAUAUUUUAAAUAGAAUUACAACUGCCUUCUAAGUCUGGGAAGUUUUACAUACGUAAUAAUUUAUAGAAUUUCAUGCAUAUCAUUUCAGUUUAGUUUAAGGAACUUUCUCAGGGAAAUCUUAGAAUUUUCUUGUAUAUACAAGAUAAUUUUAAUGUUAUAUCUUGUAUUGAUUCAUUUCUUGGUGCAUUAAGAUCUAACUUUUCACGUACCAAUCUUAGUCAUUCACUGAAAUUUGCAUUUGAACAAAGGUGUUGUUGUUUUUUUCUUCACUUCAAAAUAGACUUUUUUUUGAAAAGCAUACAGUUCUCAUUUAUCGUAGAAAAAAAAUCAAUUGGUAGAAUUUUUGUUAAAACAAGUUUGAAAAUGCAUUUGUGUAUACAAAAGUACAAGUGUAUAAAACAUAUGGUGGAGUACUUGCAUCUCUAUGUUGUAAAGAAUGGACUUUGUCUUAAAUGUUGAAAGUGUUUUAAUGCACAGGAACUGGCGCUAUGGUAAUAAAUAAAUGUUUGUUGUGGGUAAUCAUUUUAAAAAGUUGUUCUAAAAUAUGAAGUGACUUUAGAAAUUUUUAAAAAAUACUUUAUUUUAAUUAAUAUUGUUUUGUACACUAGAGUGUAGUGAUAUGAAUUUUAGAAUUCAAAGAUUUUUAAAAAAACACUAUGACAUGUUUUGCAUUUAGUUUUCAUGAUAUGCCAUAUGCCAGUUCCUCUGUUAGAAUAGAUAUAAUUUAUCUAUGUUACUAUUUAUAUGCUAGUCUAUAUAUAUGAUAACUACAAAAAUAAAACAUAAAAGAAG